AUGUCAAUUUUUAUGAAAAGAUUUGUUUUUAUUUUUGUACUUUUGUGUAAUUUACAAAAGUUUGUGUUUUCUGCUAGCCAUUCAGAAAACAAACUUUACAUAUCUCUUUUGAAGAUCGUAACUGAGAAUGAAUCUGGUAAACGUAUAAAUGAUAGAAAGAAUUACGUUCUUGAAGAGCUUGGCCCUUCUUACCAUUUCUCUCUCAGAAAUAACUCUAAAUGUACCGAAGUUAUUUAUGGAGACCAUAUGUUGUACCAGUACAAUGCAGCCGAGGGAUACCCUAGAGCGAUUUCGGUUCACUUAGAUUUAAAUCAGAUUUAUUUGCAGGUUGGAGAAUCUGUUCAAAUUUAUCAGAGAACUAAUGAUGUGUGGAAUAAAAGCAUUUUAAACUCCAUUAAUGACCUUCCUGAACAAGGUCUUGAGGUUAUCACCUCAGAUAAAAACUCCGCUGCCCAUCGUAUGAGAGCAGGUGUUUCUGUUAAUUACGACUUCGAAGACGUAAAAUGCAGCCAAGUUAAGUAUAAAAAUAAGACUAUGUGGUCAUACGCCGAGAACAGCAAUCAAUACCCAAACCGCGUUCAUUUCAACCUUUUCAAAAAGAUUGCUAUAAUCAAUUUCCCUAGUUCUUAUUUGAUUUUAAACUAUCGUGAAACUGGGCCCAAUGUGCUUUCUGAUGUCCAAAUUGUUCGUGACGGCUCCAAUAUUACAAUUGUAACUGAGGAUACUGCUCAACAAACUCCCAAAGAGAACGAAUUAAAUAAAUAUUAUUUGAAGGAAUAUGCUUUUGUUUCUAAUUAUUCGUUUAACGAUGAGACCAAGUGUGUUGAACUCAGACACGGAAACAAUGUGUUUUGGCGGCAUUCUGACGACAUAACCUCUGGAUAUCCCAAAUCAUUAUGUUUUCAUAGAGAUUUGAAUCUUAUGUUCCUUGAAUUGAAUGACUCCAUCAAUACAUACAAGUGCCUCGAUUCAGGGUGUUUGCUCAUUAAGAACAUUCCUCUGGAAGGAUUUACAGAAUCAGAUCUCACAAUCAUUACUCAGAAUCAAUUGGGUUCAGGCACUGCUAACAAUGACCCUACUGCUUUUAACAUGGAGUCAUUUGGUUUCGGAACCGAGUAUAUUUUCAACAAGGGAAAUGACUGUGUCACUAUUGAAUAUGAUGGUAAAACAGUCUGGACAAAGGAUGGCAGUGAAUCUGAGGGCAAGUUACCACGUAAAAUGUUCUUCCACAUAUAUACAAAGAUGAUUAUUGUGGAUUUUGCUGAAUUUUAUUUAAUUUACGCAUUCCAAAAUAAUCAGUUCAUUUUGAUGACUAAGGACACAUUAGGCGGAGUAGAAGAGUCGGAUUUCCAACUUAUGGCUAAUUACGGAUCUAAAUCCAUGGUAUUAAACAGAGAUCAUUACGACUUUGUAAAAUACCCAUAUGGCUACGCUUUUGUCAUUAUGUUUAAAGGUGAAACAAAUUGUAAUGCAAUUGACUUUAAAAACAAACAAUUGUUUAGAUUGUCUGCGAAUAACUUACCUCCAAAGGUAAUGUACGUCAACUGGGAUAUGAAGAUGAUUUUGCUCGAGUCACCAACAUUCGUCAACGCAUAUAUGUACUUGAACGGCAAUUGGGUUCAUAUAUUUGGUUACCCAGAAGCUGCAGAGUCACUUGAUUUGUCAGGUCUCCAGGAACCUCGAGGAGAAAUUGUACAUAAACAGGUACCUAAACCAAGACAACCACCUAAAGCACCUAAGGAAUCUAAGGAACCUGAAGAGAAUACUUCACUUAGAGGCAGCAAAUCUACCAAACCUCAAGAAAGUUCAGAGUCUUCAGAUCCUAAAAUAAUGACAUACGUUUUAAUUGGAGCUCCAGUUGUGAUCAUCCUUAUACUGUUGUUUGUGGCCUUUGCAAUUUUCCGCUGUUUAACAUAA